AUGUCUAUGAAGAACUAUCCGACGAUAACAAUCGAUUUGGUUCUUGACCGAUUCACGGCAAAAGAGGUCUUGACCGCAAUUCUUCAUUCUAUCCUUUUCCACCGUCUCUUUGGAACUGUCAAACCCAAAACUUUAGAAGUUCUCGAUGUUACCAUGCCAGGAGUGUCGGACACCGAAAUGGAAGACCUCAUCACGGAGAAGGUGGACGCAUUUUGGAAAGGUGUAGAACGUGGGAUGGGAAAACGAGGCCAGAUAACAGUUACCUUUGCAGAGAAGAAACCGAAGAAAGGCUGGUUUCAGGUCUACGCUGGAGACGAAGAAGUUCCUUGGGAACAAUGGGUGAUAAAUGCAGAAGUCAGGCAACCUAGAGACAGAGAUCGACAACAGUUCGACACGAACUUGGCGGCGACCCUCACGAAAUCAGUUCAAACGAUGCUCACACAUACCUCUUCAGAACGAGGAAGGAAGGCUGUUCCAUUGAUCACAAACGCGACUGGGAUAUCACCCUUUCCGAUCCGAAUCGGUGUCGUUGUUGGUGGUGUUGACGCUGGGUAA